CAGGGAAACCACAAACCCUCUGCCCUCUCUCUGUAACAGCUCGGUGCUUCGGAUCCCAGUGCAGGUGGGGUCAGGGCGCUGGUUAGCUAGGUGCUUAGUUCAAGCUUCUUGCUCCUGGACUAGGAUUUCUGCUGACAGCCCCAAUCCAGCUGGUGGGACUGGAUCUGGGGUGUGGACCAGGGUUGGACCGCUGCCCAGACCUGCCCUCUCGGGCCUGCUGCAAGGGGCACCGGGACCCUGCUGGGCGCAGGUGAGGCUAACAGCUGGGAGAGCUGCCCUCGCACCUCAGUUCCUGGCUGGGAAAGGCAAGUCCGGCCAGUGGGGGCAGGGCCAGGGCUCCUGGAAUCUGGAUCUGCAGGCUGAAUUGGAGGCGCUCCACCCCCAUGUCACCUGGAGAAAAACUGGACCCACUUCCUGACCCCUUCAUCCUGCAGCCGCCAAUCUUCCACCCGGCUGCCGAGCUCCUACCUGGAGGGCAGCACUGUUGGGGCUCAGCUGCUUCUAGAUGGUUCGGAGAAUAUGUGAAAGCCAGUCUUGUGUUAUGCUGACGUGUACCUGGGACGUGUUCACAUUCGUUCUGCAAACGCCUAUCCAGAGCCCACGCUGUGCCAGGCCAGGCGCGGAGCACAGAAGGGAAAGACAGGGCUUCAGCUCUGAGUGGCCUGAGCCUCCAGCAGAAGUAGCCAGGCCCGUGGUCUCCCUGUAAGCCCACCAACGGCCAAGCUAGCCAUAUGAGGGAAGUGUUCUGGGAACACAAGGGAGGGAAGGAAAAACUCAGUCACCAUAGUGGACAGUGCUUGGAGAAGGUGUCAGAGAACCUUGAAAGUCAAGUUGGAUCUCACAGGGCCAAGGGAGAGCAGAGGAAGCGGCCCUGAAAAGGCAGGGAGUUGUAAACGUGUGUGUUGUGUGUUAGGAAUUCCACACAGCUUCUAAGUGGGGAAAGGUGAGCCUGGGCAGGUAGGCUGGGCCAUUGUUGGGUAUCUCUCUGGGCAUCCAUAUAGGGUCCCAACUUGUCCAGCCUUUCUGCCCGCCCCCCAGUUCCUGGGCUUGAGCCAGUAAACAGUCCUCAGGACCUCGAUACCUGGCUUCUGGAGGCCAGGGCAAAGUCUCACUGAGGACACUCUUGUGCUCAAGGAGCUGGGGAGAGGGGCAGGGCUGGUGCUGCAAGGGGGCGAUGGAGCUGAACUUGGCUCCCCCAGGGCAACGUGGCUUUGACAUGUGAGGGUCCAGGAAAGGGGAGAAGGUGGAAGAGAACACUAAUUUUUCCCCCAUAAGGACGUUUUCUGUUUGGAGCGGGAGAGUGGAAUUUUCUUCUUCUUCUCUCCCCACCCACCCACCUGACACGGGGCUCCCUCGUAAGACCCAUUCUCCAGCUCCAUGUGGCUAGCUUUCUCCCCUUGUUCAGGUGAUUCCUUAUGUCACGACAAUUUUCGGGGGCCUGCGUGCAGGCAAGAUGGUCAUGCUACAGGGAGUGGUCCCUCUAGAGGCACGCAGGUUCCAGGUGGACUUUCAGUGCGGCUGCAGCCUGCAUCCCCGGCCAGAUAUCGCCAUCCACUUCAACCCUCGCUUCCACACCACCAAGCCCCACGUCAUCUGCAACACCCUGCACUUGGAGCGCUGGCAAACCGAGGCCCGGUGGCCCCACCUGCCCCUGCAGAGAGGAGCCUGCUUCCUCAUCCUCUUUCUCUUUGGAAACGAGGAAAUGAAGGUGAGUGUGAACGGACAACACUUUCUCCAUUACCGCUACCGGCUCCCACUGUCCCGUGUGGACACCCUGGGCAUAUUUGGUGACAUCCUGGUGGAGGCCGUUGGAUUCCUGAACGUCAACCCAUUUGCGGAGGGCAGCAGCGAGUAUCCGGUUGGAUACCCUUUCCUGCUGAAGAGCCCCAGCCUGGAGGUGCCCUGCUCGCGUGCCCUUCCCCAGGGUCUCUGGCCCGGCCAGGUCAUCGUACUGCGGGGGCUGGUCUUGCCCGAGCCAAAGGAACAGAACUCUGUCCUGGAUCUCGCCCUGGGGGCGCAAGAAGCUGAUCUCCGCCCCCUUCCUCUUCUACCCUCAACGAUUCUUCGAGGUGCUGCUCCUGUGCCAGGAGGGCGGGCUGAAGCUGGCGCUCAACGGCCUGGGCCUGGGAGCCACCAGCCUGCACCAGCAGGCCCUGGAGCGGCUGCGGGAGCUCCGGAUCAGUGGCAGCGUCCAGCUCUACUGUGUCCACUACUGAGGAGUGAGCCGGGGACCCCGCAGGGGAAGGGAAGGGCCCGCCCAUGGCCGGUGGCCCUCGGUGUGGCUCCACUCUCCUCCCUGCCUUGAACCGCGUGCCUGUCACCAUCACCUGAGUCUGCAGGGACUUUGGGCCCCACAGCAGAGGGAAGGCACCAGAGCGAGAAGGCUCCCCACACUCCGUGGCUCCCUCCACCAGGAGCCUGGGACUUUGCUCCAUCCUCCGGCAGGACCCAGACAGGGGGCAGGUAGAGCAGCCUAACAAGGACACUCAAAGGUCCAGUGGCUGAGGGGCGCCUGGGGGGCUCUGUUGGUUAAGCAUGCGACUCCUGAUUUCAGCUCAGGUCAGAAUCUCAAGGUCAUGAAAUGGAGCCCCGUGUCAGGCUCUGUGCUCAGCAGGGAGUCUGCUUGAGAUUCUCUCUUCCUCUCCCUCUGCCCCCCCCAUGCUCUCUCUUAAAUAAAUAAAAACAAAUCUUAAAAAAAAAAAAGAAUACAGUGGCUUAAAGAAUUGAGACACGCAAAAAAAAAAGGGGGGGGGCACCUGGGUGGCUUAGUCAUUGGGCGUCUGCCUUCGGCUCGGGUCAUGAUCCCAGGGUCCUGGGAUCCAGCCCUGCAUCGAGCUCUCU